UUAUCUUCUCUUUUCCUUCAUGAUGAUUAAAGCGUCUUUCAUCAACUGUGUAGGAAUUGCAUUCCUGCUCAUAUGUAGCAGCGAGGCAAAGCCAAAUGUAAAAGACAAGAAGGUGAAACAAGCUGUGCCUGAUAUUGAAUGCAAUAUUCGUGCGGGGAAGAUCAACCACCCUGAGUUCAUCGUUCGGUGUCCGUCUGACUGUCGAGAGUCCAAAGAGCGGGUUUAUGGGACGAAUGUGUAUGCCUCUAUAUCCAGCAUCUGCAAUGCUGCCAUCCACAGUGGGGUCAUAACAAAUACAGGAGGAAAGGUGAUUGUACAGAAGAUGGCAGGUCAAGCAGUUUAUAAUGGCACUUUUGGACACGGCAUCCGCUCGCUGUCCUUCAACAACUGGAGAGAGUCUUUCACCAUCUUGGUGGGCAAACCGAAGAAGGGUGUGAUUUACCCCUCUACCCUGGACUAUAUUGCUUCAAAACCAGUAAUAAAGCCAGCUUUUUUUAAAGGUCAGAAAGAAACCAGAGUCCUGCCAGCCACCACUGCGUUGCCCGUGACAGCAGCUCCCGAGCCGGUUCAAACAACUGUGGAGGAACCCACGACCACCAAAACCACAACGACAACCACCACCGGCGCAAAACCACGGGCUGCGGUACAUAAAGUCCGAGAAGCAGGCAGAAGUCACCCAUACCUCGUUGCAGUAGCUGCAGCAGCCAGUUCUCGGCAGACACCGACUAGCCAAGGAAAAGGGCUUCCACAAGCUUCCAGAGGUGGCUCCUCAUUUGCCAGUAGAUUUUUACCUCGUAUCAACCCAGGUCAGCGCAGGCCAGAGACAGGUACCAGUAAAAGGAGACAGCCAUCACCUCGUGCUACCUUGGUUUUCAAUCAGGUCCAGCCGGUCCAGCCUGAAGUGACCCAGCACACCAGCCACUCCAAUCCUGAAAUUAGUAACUCUGAGCCAGAUACGAGCUACACCUGGAGUGACGACGCAGUGGAUUCUCCAGCUCCAGAUACAAGGCCAGAUAUUUCAGAGUAUGAGCGCUGGUAUCAUAACUAUGGACAGCACCCUCCUCGGCCAGCAGGUACGGACAGUGGACACAGAGUUCCUUCUGAAGGCAGCAACAUGAGAGAUAUCAGUGCUCGAGAGUAUGACUCCGGACCCAGAGUUCCAGAUGUGCCAACGUCAAUGGGAAAUCCUAAUUGUAAAGUCGACAUUGCUUUCCUUAUGGAUGGCAGCUGGAGCAUUGGAAAGCGACGCUUUAAGAUUCAGAAAGACUUCCUAUCUGAGGUUUCCCAGGUCAUCAACGUGGGUGCAAAUGGCCCCAUGAUGGGUAUCAUCCAAUAUGGGGAUGAGCCAGUGACUGAAUUUGGUUUGCGUCAGUUCUCCAGCUCCAAAGACCUAAAACCUGCCAUUGAUAAAAUCACCCAAAAAGGAGGUCUCUCCAAUGUGGGAAAAGCCCUCUCUUACAUCAACAAACAGUACUUCAGUGAUGCCAAUGGAAACCGUGGGAGUGCACCAAAUGUGGCUGUGGUACUGGUGGAUGGCUGGCCCACUGACAAAGUCGAGGAAGCUUCAAGACAGGCACGAGAGUCUGGCAUCAACAUCUUCUUCGUCACCAUUGAGGGCCCAGACGACAACGAGAAGCAGAAUGUGGUGGAACCCAACUUUGUAGACAAGGCCGUGUGCAGGACCAGUGGCUUUUUCUCCUUGCCUGUGUCGAGCUGGUUUUCACUUCGCAAGGCGACACAGCCUUUGGUGAAGCGCAUAUGCGACACAGACCGGCUAGUGUGCAGCAAGACUUGCCUGAAUGCCAACGACAUCGCCUUCGUCAUAGACGGAUCCAGCAGCGUGGGGACGGGCAACUUUCGUACUGUGUUACAGUUUGUGGCCAACGUGACACGUGAAUUUGAGAUUUCGGAUACAGACACGCGCAUCGGUGCUGUGCAGUACACUUAUGAGCAACGGCUGGAGUUUGCCUUUGGCCAGCACAACACAAAGGCUGAUGUGCUAAACGCUAUCCAACGCAUUAACUACUGGAGUGGGGGGACCAGCACAGGCGCUGCUAUCACCUACGCCGCAGAGAAACUGUUCAGCAAGUCCAAACCUAACAAGAGGAAGAUUAUGAUUGUUAUUACUGAUGGGCGCUCCUAUGAUGAUGUACGUGCACCUGCUUUGGCAGUGCACCGCUCAGGUGUAAUCGCCUACUCUAUUGGCAUCGCGUGGGCCGCACAGGACGAACUAGAAUACAUUGCCACAGACCCAGACAAGGAUCAUUCCUUCUUUGUGGAUGAGUUUGACAACCUCUACAAGUACGUGCCCAAGAUCAUACACAACAUUUGCCACGAGUUCAACUCUCAGCCUCGGAACUAAGCAAGACAAGAACUGAGGGGUUUGACCAGACAGAAUGGAAUGGGUUUGCUAUCUAGACUUGAUACGACCAAAGAAGUCAACGGGACAUAUUUAUCACAGU